CCAGGAUGGCCCAAAGAUACCGGAAGUGCUUUGGCGCAAUCUGGGGCACAUCUUGAUCUGUGUGGUUUCUCAUCUGCUGAGCUUUGGUUGACUUUUCUGAUGAAGAAGGUUACGUGUUAUAAAAUUGACAGCCGUUGCCCCUGCUCCCCACGUUACCGAGGACAUUGGUGUGACAGUGAUUGCAUGCUGAAGAAUUAUGGAAAGAACUGCGGAAAGCGCUGCGAUUGUGAUGUUGAUCACGUGUGCCAUCACGUGACUGGUACUUGUUAUCUAACGCGUGUGGGAAGGUUUCAAAUCGUCAUCAAGGAAAACUUCACAAAUUUCGAUGAGAUGGUACGGCGAAAACAGUUGAAACUCAAUGUUGCCGUUUUGAUAGCCAAAUACAAUAACAUGUAUGAGGAACUACGUCAUCUCUCGAGACGAAGGAUUCCGGUCACGUCAAUUCAUGGAAAUAUAAGCAUCGUCUGCACACAGAUAACGGAAACAAUUCAUCCUGCAACUAGGCACGACUUUCUUGCACGUAUUUUAGAUCUCAAACCCGGAUUGACAUCGGAUGGCUCUGAAGAAGUUGUCGCAAUUAAUGUGGUGAUGUUCGAUGGCGAGAUCCUACUUAACGGUAUAAAAAUGGUGGUGUGCUGAGGUUGAGGUAUAUGCUCGAGGUAUAAUAAGACUUUUGGUUUAAUAUUUGUGAGUAAUAUACGUAUUUGAAUGUUUUUAUGCAGUGCGGUGUUUGAAAUUAAAUGAAGAUAUGAUCUUCGCA